CCUCCCCCCAAGGAGGGAAUCACCAGCAGGUUCCUCCAAUGCCCUGCAGUGAGCACUCUUAUUUCCAGACAUGUUCCACGGAUGAAGCUCCGGAAAGAAUAUUUCUCUAACAAAUCUGCAGACACCUCUUCCAGCCUAGCCACGUUAAGAGAUUGGAAACUGGGAUUUCAGCUUUAUAUUUUUAUAAUUAAGGGUUAGGCACUAUGUCUGCUCAUCUAGAAUAGAUAAGACAUAGGAAGCGGGCUAUUGGUGGUGUUCAGUUGGAAAGGAGCAGUGAAGUCCUUUGAUAAUAGCCUUGAGGCUGGCUGAUUUGACUACAUAGGUGCCACUGGUAAGAUGUUUAUAACUGCAUCCGAAGCCCUUCCCUUAAGAUUCAGGGAUGAAUAGCGUGUCUCUCACAAGCUCUGUGGAGUGCUCAUCAGGCUGUACUCCCUUCAAGAAGGUCUCACCUUGGAGUUUUGGAAUAAUUCUUGGAAUACCGUCUAAUUCCAUAGAGAGAUAGUCAAGACAUCUGUGUUACUUCCGUCACAUAUAUAAAUAAUUUCAGUGAGAAUUAAAGCCUGCAAAACUGAUUUUCUUCACUAGUUAGAAGCCACAUAUGUAGAAGACCCCUCCCAAGAUGUUGAAUACAUUUUCUACCAAAAGUUACUUUUGAAUUAGCAAGGAAAAGAGAAAGUUUUCUUCUUCUUCUUGAAUUUGAUUGAAAAUCAAGGGCUUUUUCCACUAGUUCUGGCAUGGAGGAACAUUUGUCAAUAAAGGGUAAAAAGUUGGGUAGAAUCCAAGUUCCUGUGGGUCACCUGGUGUCAUAACUUGAGUGAUUCUGCAGUGAGCACAUAUGCAAGAUUCUACUUUUGGGGGGAAAAGAAACACAAAUGUCCCUCCUCCGGGGGCGGGGGAGGCGCCUGGGGAUGCACCAAUCACAGCGCACCCUGCUCUAUAUAAGGUCCCCCUCCCCCCUGCACGCCCCCUGCUACCCCAGCGCUGUUGGCUCUCCUUUAGUUUUCCUCAUUGGGUGUAGUUCUUGACCAGCUCUUGACUAUGUCGGAAACGGCUCCUGCGGCCUCAAGUACCCUUGUUCCAGCUCCUGUGGAGAAACCUUCAUCUAAAAGGCGAGGGAAAAAGCCUGGCCUGGCCACUGCUCGCAAACCUCGGGGUUUCUCGGUCUCCAAGUUGAUUCCUGAGGCCCUUUCCACGUCUCAGGAACGGGCAGGAAUGUCCCUCGCUGCCCUGAAGAAAGCCCUGGCUGCGGCUGGCUAUGACGUGGAGAAGAACAACAGCCGCAUCAAGCUGGCCCUCAAGAGACUUGUGAAUAAGGGAGUCCUGGUGCAGACCAAGGGCACCGGCGCCUCAGGCUCCUUCAAGCUCAGCAAGAAGGCGGCUUCUGGGAACGACAAGGGCAAGGGCAAGAAGUCUGCUGCUGCCAAAGCUAAGAAGCUGGGCUUGUCCAGGGCCUCGAGGUCUCCCAAGAGUAGUAAGACCAAGGUUGUCAAGAAGCCAAAGGCCACGCCCACCAAAGCUGCUGGGAGCAGAAGGAAGACCAAAGGGGCCAAGGGCGUGCAGCAGCGCAAAAGCCCUGCCAAAGCGAGGGCGGCCAACCCCAACUCCGGGAAGGCAAAGAUGGUCAUGCAGAAGACCGAUCUGAGGAAGGCAGCAGGGAAGAAGUGAGUUUCAAAACUAGUUUUCAAAAACCCAAAGGCUCUUUUAAGAGCCACUUACAUACUUCUUAAAAUGGCCAAACACUUUGAACCGAAAUUAAAAGUGGGUCGUUACUCCAGGUCGACCUGUCGUCUAAACCCUAGAGUGGGAACCUAGGGUCCCUACCUGUAAUAUUUCCAAAUUUAGCUGUGUAUUAGUGGCUUUACACCAGAAUAAAGGUCACCAUUGAAACACAAUGUCUUUCAUUCUAGGAUAAAGGUCACCAC